AUGCAGGGUUCCAACUUAGAGGAGGCCCUGAAGUUGGUCGCGCCCGCGAUCAACAAGCUCGCCAGUGAGCAUCUCAAUGGUGACAUCAGUGAGAUCAAGAGUGCAGCCGACAAGAUCUGCUCGCUCCUCCUCGAGCAUGGCCUGGCAUACCGCCAGCACUGCGACGUGGCCCACGUCGGCGUGCACAGCGACAAUCGUGGCGGCGUCGGCGUAGAAGUAUGCAACGUGCACAAGGUGCUUCUCCGCGUCGUGCGCCAGGGGUGGUCGAAGGUGGAGGUGGCAGCAGCUCGAUGCUUCGAGAUGCCGCCAGGCGCUCGCGGUGCAGCUCAGUGGAAGUUCAAUCAGGAUCUCGCAGUGGCGCCAGAUGGCUACCUCGCGCCCUUCUCCAACGAGGGCCAGCUGCGCUUCCUCACAGUGGCGGGGUACGGCAGUCUGACGGACGAGGUCGAGACUUCGGCUGGGAACCGCGUCUCGAGGGACAAGGUGCUGCAGCUGGCGCCAUCCUUCGCGGAACCUCUGGACCACGGCAUCGAUUUCUUGUGCAUCAAGCACCAGGUUGAGAGUUACUGUCCAGAGUUGGCGGGCUUCUUGCAGGUGGCAGGCAACAGCGGUCACGACACUGAGCAGGCGCCUUCGAAGAUAGCUACUAUGCUCUCCAUCCACAAGAGGGCGGCUGCGCAGCAGAAGCUGGUCGGCUCUGUGGAUUGGUCGAGGCUGGCGGCGUCGCUCGAGCGGACCGCGCCUUAUCUCAGCGGCCAGUGCGAGGACUUGGGGGAGUUCGUCAAGCACUACUCGGGCGGCACCGUGCCGAUCUGGCUGCACGAUCUCGAUGGGUGGUCAAAGACGUGCAGGUUCCUCCGCGACGUCGAUUCGAGGACGUUCAAGAUCAUCGCAGGCAUCAAGUACGGCCAGGGUGCAGAAUACAUCGUUGCGAUGGUCAAGGCGGCCAUUCAGGCUCCAGAGGCUUUCGUUCGCGAUGGGGUGUCCAAGCUCAUCACCAGCAGCGAUGCUCAGCAGGUGACGGGCUCCAAGAAGAUCUUGGUCGACCAGGCCGUGGCGUACAUCCGCGCCGCCAAGGCAUGGCUGCCGCAGGUGACGGGCAUGAGCCACACGGACAAGGUUCGAGUGCUCGCGGACGCGGAGAUUCGUUUCGUCAUGUUCAUUCAUGGCAAGAAGGCGAAGGGCCGCCCGCAGUUCAGCUCGCUGAGGGCGGUCGCGAACCAGUUCUUGGAGGACGUCGCCAAGAAGGACCCGCUGUCUCGGAACCUGCUGCAGCCGUGGACUGAUGCGUCGGACCCCGACGAGAAGGCGACGCCCGAGAGCGGCGAGGUCAUGGUCGAGUACGCUGGCCAGUCGGUGACCGCGGCGGCGAUCGCGAGAGCGGGCUUCAUCGUAGGCUCCACGGUGGUCUUGCGCAGUGGCGACCGCACGGUGAUGACCAUCGCCAAGAUCGACUCAGACGCGGUCUGGGUCAAGGCCGCGGGGAGGGCGAGGCCCGUGAGCGUGGCGUGCGGCAAGUUCUUGGACGAGUACCAGGACCGGGACGACCAAGGAUCCCAGAAGCAAACGGUGGCGAGAAACGCUCCAAAGCCCCCAAGAGCCUCUGACCAUCCCGAGAGCGAAGAGUACCGUGACGACCCCCCGAAGAACCUAAGCGACCACUGA